CCUCCUCUCUUGUCAGCACACAGUUACUGGACCAGCACACACGCAACACCUUCAGCUCUGCGCUUAACAACAGGUUCAUCUGGAACAGCUUUCUCUCACAGCUGAGACAGCAGCUCUUGACAGGAUGAAGGCCGUGAUUGUGUUGCUCGUACCUCUUCUGCUUCCCUUGGUCUCUGCUCAGACAUUUCGUUGGGGCCCCUGCCCAACACCAAUGGUCCAGCCAAACUUUGAAUUAAACAAGUACCUUGGAAAGUGGUAUGAAAUUGAAAAGCUCCCAGCAUCCUUUGCGAAAGGCAAGUGCAUUGAGGCAAACUACAUGCUACGACCUGACAACACUGUCCAAGUUGUCAAUGUUCAGACAUACAAAGGAAAAAUUAGAAAAGCAGAGGGCACAGCAAUCACUCAGGACCUGAGGGAGCCAGCAAAGUUUGGAGUCAGUUUCUCCUACUUCACUCCCUACACCCCAUACUGGGUCCUGUCUACUGACUACAACAGCAUCGCACUUGUUUAUUCAUGCACUGAUGUCCUCCGGCUCUUCCAUGUGGACUAUGCCUGGAUCCUGUCCCGCUCACGCAUUCUGCCCGCAGAGGCCAUCUACCAUGCCAAAGAGAUCUUCUCACGUGACCACAUUGACGUGAGCAAAAUGAUUCCCACAGAUCAGCAAGGAUGCGAUGGUCCUAUUUAGACAGAAAAGACUGAAAUAUAUAUAUAUAUAUAUAUAUAUAU